AAAAAUCACAAAACUACUUAUUUUUUCGAUGCAAAUUAAAAAUAUCAUCAACUUAAACGUCUUUUAUGGUAGUAACAAGGAGAUUUAAAUUAGCAUUUUUAGCCCUCCUAAAUGCACCGUGUAAAUUUGCAGCUACACUUCAAUGCCCAGUCGGACACCAACGGGCUUCCGAGAAAGCGAUGCUCUUUGAUUUCGCCGCGCUCUUCGCCGGAAGUAAAAAGUAGCAAGUGAAAAUGCAGAGCAAAUAGUGAGAUAGUGAAAAAAAGGGAAAACGAAACGAGUUAGCAAUCAGCAAGCUACGCUGCUACUUUCCCACAGUUCCAGUUCCACCACUGAACUAAUUCCAUUUAUGGCUUCUUUUCCCUCCACAUCUCCUUUGCCUUCACCUUCUUCUUCCUCUUCCAGCUAUUCUAGUACCAUGUCCCUCAGUUACUCCCACUUGCAUCCCACCGCUUGGAGCUGCGGCAACAACAACAGACAGAGCAACCCUCACCACCCACUUCGGAUCUCCGUUUCUUUAUCUCCUCCUCCUCCUCCUUCAUUCUCUUAUCGGGAAUUCCUCAAUUUCGCUCUCACUGAAACUGAGCGCCGUACCCUUCUGCUCCCAUCUCCUCUCCAGGAAAAGUACAGCUCCCUCACUGCAGUAGAUGGAACGACCGAUCUUCAAAUGCUCGCCUUUCAGUCUCCUCCGAAGAUUAGGCUACUGCGAAGUUUGAGCAUCCAGAAUGAAUCUAUGCAGGUUUUGGACUUUGCUGGGUUUGCCAAACCAGAAUAUGAUGUGCCCAUAUUCUGUGCCAACUUCUUCUCCACUGCUAACAUCAACAUUAUUGUGCUAGACCUCAACCCUUUGCAUAACAUGAGUGAUCGAAAGGACUAUAAGGAGAAAUACUAUGAGAAGCUGAUGGAUUUAGGUCUUAGGUAUGCCGAGCUUUUACCAUGGGGAGGCAAGCUGACCAGUGAGUCUUUGAAAUUCUUCUCGCCGAUUGUGAUAUGGACCAAGUUCCAGUCGGUUGAUUGCAUGUACGAAAAUCUGUAUUCUGCAUUCACAGAGUACUACAAGGCAUGGCUUCAGCUGAUUGAGGAAGCUGCAGAAGAAACUGAUGACGCUCUUGUUUUAAGCAAUCGUGAAGCGCAACACCGGUAUCUUACAUGGAGAGCUGAGAAGGACCCAGGACAUGGUGUACUGAAGAGGUUAGUGGGGGAAAUGCGUGCCAAGGACGUGAUUAGGAACUUUCUAUUCCAUGGAAUUGAAGAACUGGGAAGCAAAGGGUUCUUGGAUUACUUUCCGGAGUACCGGUGCCAGGAUGGGACUGUGAACCAGAACCGAAGCAUGAUUGGGAAGUCGUUUGAAAGCCGCCCCUGGGAUGCAAGUGGAGAAUUCAUAGCGAACAACACCGAAGACUAGACCAUUCUAUAUUCUAUAUUUACUUAAUUUUGAUUCAUUUUAGUUAGAACUUGUACUCCUGUUCUUUCGUUCGUUAUUCGUGAUAUGACGACUGUGAACCCUUUCUUACGUAGUAGUCAAUUACUCACAUGAAAGUAAUGAACUUACAGAAGUGAUAAAGAGGGACAGUGAAAAGUACAGUGUGGAUCACCAACUCGGUCAUUGAACUCAUAAGUUCGCAGCAUUGGGCACCCAAUUCUGUUACGAGACAACUAAAACGCCAAACUUCAUUGUACGAGUCACUAUGCGCUUCCUGUAAUCUAUUCUUGCCCUGGGAGUUUCUUCUGGUUGUUCUUGCUUAAUGUGAUAGUGUGAUGUCCAACGGUCUUAUGGUGCAAUCUUGCAACUCAACCUUGCAGACAUGUGGUGCGGAAAGUCGUGUUGUACCUUAUAGGCUCAUAGGAUUUCAAUUCCUCGAAAACAACACCUUGAUGGUAGGACUGGGGAAACGGUUGCGGUUUUGCGGUUAAACCACUAACCACACCGAAAUCGCGCGGUUAGUAGUUAACCGCAAACUGCAAAAACAAUCUCUUUUGCGGUCGCGGUUGGUGAUAUUGGGUGUUUGCGGUUUAACCACAACCGAAAAUUGCCCUAACCGCAGUGCUAACCGCAAACCCAACCGAAGUCCAUUUGCAGACCGGCCCAAGUCACAAACCCAACCCCAACCCAUUACCCACACAGAUAGGGAUGGCAAUGGGUCGGGUUUUGCCAAACCCAAACCCAUGGGUUUAUCUGUGAAAAAAACCCGGGGUAAAACACACUGGGUUUGGAAAACUCAAACCCAACCCAACCCGUUGAGGUGCACUCAUUCCUCAAGACCAGCAUCUCUACAUACGCAUGCGAGCUGGUUUCGCCCUGCCUUGGGCUCAUCAGGGAGACGACAAUAGCCUCCGACCAGUUGUGCCUUCUCUUGCAACGAUCCCCUUCAUAGCCACAUCCUGACUAGGUCAGAAACGAUGCACAGGCAGACAACACCUUAUCGCUAAUGUCGCCCCCUUACCCCUCUUGUGGCAAGACAACCAGAUGGCAGCGUUCUUCAGACGAUCAACACGGUCACGACAUUUCGGGUCGUGACAUUCUCCACUACUCAUAAUGCAGCACGUCCUCGUGCUAGUGAAGAAUGCUUCUCUCCGUAGCAUGUAUUUCAAUACUCGAACCGAUUGUGGGCAUCCGCAUACGAUACCAUCCUCUGAUGGGUAGGCUCCGGUCGCAUCUCUCGCGCUAGCCUGUUGCGCCCCGCGCACAUACCGCUUCGCCCCUAGACAUCAACCUUCACUCUUGGCUUCUAUUGCGCUAGCACCUCAGUCGACCUUCACCCUACGCUACUCCCAGCGUUUGUACCUCAAUCGACCUUCACCCUACGCUCUCGCUCGCGUUAGUUCCUCGGUUGAACGGCAUUCUCGGGCGCUGCAUCUUCAACCUGUCGAGGUCCCCCCACAACAGCGCAACACAUGUGUAUCUGCGUCCGGACCGCCUGGUAUGCACACCUAGGAACGCCUCUCAUUCGGGCAUGGGGUCGGCUCAUACUCGACCUAUGCCGUACUGAUAGAGGAACUAGGCUCUUCAGUCUAACCAGACUCUGAUACCACUUGUCACAGACAUAGACUUCCGAAGUCCGUGCGACGUCUUUAGGUGCACUCAUUCCUCAAGACCAGCCUCUCUGCAUACGCAUGCCAACUGGUUUCUCCCUGCCUUGAGCUCAUCAGGAAGACGGCAAUAGCCUCCGACCAGUUGUGCCUUCUCUUGCAACGAUCCCCUUCAUAGCCACAUCCUGACUCAGCCAGAAACGAUGCACAGGCAGACAACGCCUUAUCGCUAAUGUCGCCCCCUUUACCCCUCUUAUGGCAAGACAACCAGAUGGUAGCGUUCUUCAGACGAUCAACACGGUCACGACAUUUCGGGUCGUGACAGUACCCAUGGGUUUUUGUAGUAAAAAAUUUACAAUAACAAG